CCCCCCCCCAAACCCCCACGCCAAAAGAAACCACCUUUGAUCUGCCCCUUUCCAAACAAAAAGAGACACGUUUACCACACAGUAACCUUCAGUCAGUUUCAGCCUUGAGAGCCGUGUCAUUUCCAAUUGUCCCCGCCCGUGCCGACAGUGAAAUCCGCACGGAACGUCCAUGUCGAUUUCCGAGUACCGCCAGCGCGGCGUCAACCCAGCAUGGACAAUAAAGAGGGCAUGAAUAAGACUGACUCUGAAAGCGCUAUUCUGAUAACCAAUGAGAGCGACAUUGGCCUCUCUACAACUGUCCAACGAGCCAUAGGAAAAAUCGAGACCGCGCAGUUGGCGAGAGCAAGACAGGUUUUCAACCGGGAGCAGCAAUUCUCGGAAGUUGCAGAACGUUUGAAGGACAUUCUGGACAAAGUGAAUUUUGCUUUGAGUCACGCAAGAUUUGACCACCAACAAGUGCCCAAAAUCACCUUAACCCCUGAAAAAAAGGAAAGGGAAUGGUUGAUAGAUACAAUCGCUGAAUUUGCAACUGGCAACAGCACCAAAGAGGAAAUCUUAAAGUUUAUUCUACAAUGGCUAUCAGACAGCAAUCAAACAUUAAUUGAUGAAGAAGAUAUCGAGGAGGAUAGAGAGAUAGAGAAAACGUCGGCUGAAUGGAUAGAGGAAGUUAAUGUGAAAGUGCAAUCGAGCCUGGCUUCUUCCCAAGAGUGUAUAGAAAAUCUCCAUAAAAUAUCAAAAACUCUGUUUAGCCUCCAACAUGAACAUAUAAAGCCAAAGUCAGCAGGACCUGAUGGUAAAGGUACUAUUUUAAAAUGGUGGAGGGAGAAAAAGAUGGAUCCCAAAACACUCAUGCAUCUCCUGGAUAUGCAGCCAAUGAGUACAGUGAAAAUGGUGGAACCAAACAUUGCAAAACAAUUGGAUGCUGCAGUGGGAGAGAUUGAUAUGAUACUAACAGACAUUGCAAAAUCUCCUCCUUGCAAAAAAGCCCAGACAAUUGCAUUCAGAUACAUCAGGAAAUUUAUAGAGAAUCUUCACAAAGCAUUUCACAUUCGGUCACAAGAAUAUUUUGAGGUUGAAAAUGAAUUGAGAAAGUCAGAUUCAUUUGGCUCCCAGGGUGCUGAAGAUAAUCUGGUGAAUGAACUAAAACAUCUUCGAGAGCACAGUAGUGCACUUAAAACACGUGCUGAAUUAGCAGAACACCAUUACAGGGAAGCAUGCAGCACCAACUACAAUCUGGAAAACACCAUUAAACUUUUGAGGUCCAAAGUUGCACAGCUACAAAACAUUAAGAAAACAGACUCUCAUGAGCAAACCACUUGUGAAAAUUUCUCUGCAUCUGAUGAAAUGCAAAUAAAAACAAAACAGACACCCAAAACAAAUAAAAGAACCACGCUUGUGAAAAAGUCAAGGGACAAAAUCAUUCCCAUAGAAAGUCUCAGGGGGAAAUAUCCCUUCACUAAGGAGCACAAAAAUAUUCUUGUUGAUGGGAAUGAUAGACUUGAUGAACAAAGGACAAAAUCGAAAACAGGAAAAAAUUCAUUUGCAGAACCUCAGGAACAACAAACUAUCCUGGAAGUAUCCAAGGAAGAAAACAUUCCCAUAGAAAAACCUGAAGGGAAUGAUAUUCCCACAGAAAUGUCCAAUGAAAGUACCAUUCCCACAACUCAGCCCAAACCGGAGAAGGAUCUUACUGAAGUCAUUCAAUGCAAGUUGCAUAAAUCUGGUGCAGUAAAGAAACAGAAGACAUCAGCUCGGAAAGAAGAAGCUGUGAAGACCAAGGCUAAGCAGAUGGCCGUAGACUUGCUGACAGAUUUUCAAACUGCUGUUUUGUAUUCACUGGAUCACGGAUUGAGCAGUGGCAAAGAACUUUCUCCAGGUGACGUCUGUAAAGUCCAAGCUCUCCUCAAGUCUGCUGAAUUAAAAAACCUUUACGGAGUGAUUGAGAAAGCACUCAAAGAAAUAUUUGCCAAGCCAAUGCAGAAUGCCAAGCAAGAGCAUAGUGAACAACCUAUUCAUUUAUUGGUGCCAUCAAAGGAAAACCAAGUGGAGAAAUUAAAGGAGAAACAACCGGAAUUUACAACUUUAGCUGAACUUCUUGAAGAAAUUUUCAGAUUCAGUAUCAUUCAAGAGAUUGCACUUGAUGAAUUAAGUGCCCAAAUUCAAUAUUUCAUUGAAGAGGCUAAAGAGGACAAAAAUAUGUCCCAGGAAGAAGCCCACUUCUGUGAAAAGACCCUGGAAGCUUUGGACACAAUUUUGACACUUGAGAAAAUGUCCUCUCGUGCCGGAAUGGACCAGUUAAUCAGGAUUCGAGAGGCAACCAAGAAUUUAUACUCUGUCAAUAAUGUUCUUGGGCUUAAAGGAAAGGAAAUUAAACUACAGGCAGAACAUUGUAAGAAGGAAGGAGUUUUUCUGUCUAAUAUGGCAUCAGAGCCUAUAGAAAGAACAAUACAACCCAGAGGAAAGGUCUCUGAGGCUGCUGAUACCAACAAAAUUGUAGAUGGAUCGUAUAUUGUAAAUGUGACAUACCUAAGAACGAAUUAUAAAACAUUGGACCAAGCAGUGUAUAAUGGCAUCAUUUCCAGACAACUCCAUGCCAUAGCAACUCAUCUUAUCCAUCAAACGUUAACUACAGUUCAGCUUCGACUGGCUUACUUAUUCAGAAAGUACAUCACUUUCCGUCAUAUUCAGACACUGAGAAAUUAUUUGAACAGCAGGAUAUCUGAUGUCAACCGCAAGGAUGAAGAAGCUGUUGAGGAUCUAUACAGAUUUGCGAAUAGACUUGAAGCACGUGUAAAAUCCAGUAUGCAGCACUGGGAUGCAAGACAGCAACUAGUUAAUCAGAGUCGCCAAAAGCACUUGAAUCGAAUGACUGACCUGUUCAAUCAGCUUAAACACCGUACUGGUCUACACUUGUUCAGUCCAUUUCUGGCCAAACCACCAAAUCCAAGGAUUAGGAAGCAGAUCGGGUCCCCUCUUCAGCCGACGUUUUUGAUAGCAUCCAAUAAACCAUGUUAUCUUCAUGGUCAGGGCAACUGUGCAUCUUCAGCUUUUCUUAGAAUGAGGAACUCCCAAAUGUUUUCCACAAAUAUUGUUGAUGGGAGUUUUCCAAUUGCCAAGAAGAACUCUGCUAUCCCAGCUUCAUUUCCAGAGACUCCGAAAUUAAUGACAGUGGACAGAAAGAAUUCUUUCAGAGAGAUGUUGACAAAAACGCAGAUAAGUAUUGUUGGAGAAAGCUUGCAGACACCAAUGAAGAGACUUUCCAUUCCAUCUGAAUCACAAGUUUUCAGUCAAAAAUGUGACCUUAAUCCUUGCUACAUCUACAAACAAGUUUAAUUUCUUUCAGCAGAGGUAAAGAGUUUGUUGCAAUAACAGUUGUUGUGCCUCCCAAAUGCUGUACUUCACAUUCCAUUUUUGUUUUUGUAACUCUUUUUUUGCUUCAAUAAAAUAUA